AUGUUUCUAACUUUAGCUUUGUUAAGUCGUCGUUGGACGCCUGGUAAGCAAUGGAUUGGCAAACAUCGAAGAAUUCAAAAAUUUAGUCAAAACAGGAAAUUAAAUAAAGGUCAAAGAUCCGCUAUUAUGCGUAGAGUUGAUUAUCUUAUUAGUAGGCCCUAUUUAACAGUGGAAGAAGAGCUCGAAUCAAGUUCAAUCAGCAAGAACCAGUUUAGUUAUGAAAAGAUGAUGAAGAAGAGAAAAAAAUUCGUUACCUUCAAGUCUGGCUAUGCUCAUUUAAGUUUUUUAAAUCACGGUCAAAAGUAUUAA